CUAUAUAUUCAUCCUUCGCCAUCACCUUCAUCCUCCUUUCCCUUCGUCGGACGUCAACUCACAUCAACCUUCAUCAUGUUUUCAAGUCGAUCAAGACAACCGAGCGUCUCUAAGCACCGAUCAAGCAAGUCGAAAUCUUCAAGAAAGAAUUCCAUGGUAGACUCCACAAGAAGGAAUUCAUUCUUGGACUCACCACGGAGAGUAGAGAGGGCUGUACAACAAGCACAAGCUUCCCCUCAAUCAAACCAGACCUCUCCUACUAUCGGAAGUGCCAUCAUCACACUUUCCAUCGGAAGGGAACAGCGUCUUUUUGCUGCUCAUGAAGAUGUCCUAUCACACUCGCCCUACUUCCAGAACAUAUGUCAUGGCCAGUUCUUCUCCGCCGCCAACAGGCGGAUCGACCUCCCUGAAGAGGACCCCGAAGUGUUUUCUUCUAUCCUUGAGUAUUUGUACAAGGGUGACUACUACCCUCGGCUCGAAUAUGACACCAAGCGCAAGAGCUGGAAUCUUGAAGAUGGUGGUGAUGCCGGCGCAGAUGGAGGAAUCAUUCACACAACAGCUGGCCCUAUUUUGAAGGACACCAUCGUCUACUGCCAGGCUGAGAAGUAUGGACUCCAAGAACUGAAGAAGUUGGCGUUGAGGAAGCAAGGCCUACAGUCCGGCGUUCAAUGCUCAACCAUCUUGACAUCGGCUCGCUUCGCAUAUGCGAACACGCCUGACAGCGACUCGAAGCUACGAGCGCACUAUCUUGCUCUCAUCAUCCGUGCUCGUCAUACAUUCAAGCGCAGUGGUACCAUGCAGAACGAAAUGGAGAAUGGCGGCAAGCUUUUCUUCGACCUGUUCGUUGCCAUGUCCAACCACAUGGACGAUAUGUCCCCUCGUACUCCUCGUUAA